AGAGAAGAGAGGCAGGCAGCAGACAGACACACAAAUAGGAAUCAGUCUAGCAGAGUGAGCUUUGCAUAGGGAGGCUAAGGCCAGAGGAAGAGGGGGGUCAAGGAGAGAGAGGCACACAGAGACAAAAAAGCACAACAGAAGAAGACAGGAAGCAACAAGAAACCAAUAAAGACAAACUCUGAAAGAGAAAAAGACCUUUGGAGCAAUAGCUAGUUGGUAUCCCACAAAAGGUUGGUAGCUCUCAGCGGUUUGAUUCAGAGCAGCCAGCAGUCAUAGUCAGUCAUGGCAACACAAUCCGGUCCUCAAGGCAGGGUCUUGUUCCAAACGCCGGAGGAGAAGGAAGAAGAGGAGCCUUCCCAGCGGAGGCUGGGAAAACUCACCGUCAAAUACAACCGCAAAGACCUGCAGCGGAGACUGGACAUCGAGGAGUGGAUCGAUGGGCAACUCCAUCUCCUGUUUGACUGUGAGGAAGAGGACAUACCAGAGUUGGAGAUUGACAUUGACGAAUUGCUAGACCUUUCAAACUCAGAACAGAGAUUAAAACUACAUGAACUGCUUCAAGAGUGUGGCAAACCCAGAGAGGAUUUUAUCAAUGGCUUGCUGUAUCGGAUAAAGGGCCUACGCAAGAUGUCAGGACCUCUGAGGAAAUAAAUCAUCCUGUGAGGCAGAGGCAAUGUACACAGGCCAACAUCUUCCUUCACACCAACAACUAGCUGAGGCUACAUGGGCCUAGAGCCACAUGGGUCCACUUCAAACUGGACAGUUGUGAUAAUAGUUUACCAGAAGAUCAAAGGAUCUUCAUAACACACUAUGUAGUUUCAGUGGUGCAGUGUGGGGACUAGCACUGGGACAGAGGAAACUAUAUCACACACACACACACACAAACA